CUUAAAAAUCAAACUCUUUUCCCAAUCUUUUUACGUUAAACUUUUUGCAAAAUCAAGAAGCAGCUCUCUCCCUUGUCGAAAAGUCAGUUACAUCUGCAUCUCAGAGAAAAGGGAAAGUGCGUAAGAAGCAAUUUUCAGGGAGGAUAGGUAAGACUGCUGAACAGCCUGAACUCCUAACUAGGCAUGGCUAGAGACCAACUAGGAGUUCUUGACACACUUGACGCUGCAAAGACACAAUGGUACCAUUUUACUGCAAUUGUGAUUGCCGGAAUGGGAUUCUUCACUGAUGCAUAUGAUCUAUUCAGCAUUUCCCUUGUCACCAAAUUGCUGGGCCGCAUAUACUACCAUGUUGAUGGUGCUGAAAAGCCCGGAACACUGCCUCCAAAUGUGGCAGCUGCAGUAAACGGUGUUGCCUUCUGCGGCACUCUGGCCGGACAGCUAUUCUUUGGCUGGCUUGGUGACAAGUUGGGGCGGAAACAUGUCUAUGGCAUCACCCUUAUGCUCAUGGUAGUCUGCUCCAUUGCAUCUGGGUUCUCAUUUGGACAUUCUGCAAAGGGUGUCAUGGCAUCACUCUGCUUCUUCAGGUUUUGGCUCGGUUUUGGCAUUGGUGGCGACUAUCCUCUCUCUGCUACCAUCAUGUCAGAGUAUGCUAACAAGAAGACACGUGGGGCAUUUAUUGCUGCAGUUUUUGCAAUGCAAGGAUUUGGGAUUUUGGCAGGUGGGAUUGUUGCUUUGAUUGUGUCAAGCGCUUUUGAUCACGCAUUCAAGGCCCCUCCAUACUCUGUUGAUCCAAUAGCCUCUACUCCAUCCCAAACUGACUACAUCUGGCGGAUCAUCCUAAUGUUCGGAGCAGUACCAGCCAUACUAACUUACUACUGGCGGAUGAAGAUGCCGGAAACAGCUCGUUACACUGCCCUGGUUGCGCGGAAUGCAAGACAGGCUGCUGAAGACAUGUCCAAGCUGCUUCAGGUGAACCUUCUACCUGAAGAGGACAAAGUAGAGAUAUAUCGGGGAAAUGCUUCUAAUUCCUUCGGUCUAGUCUCCAAGGAAUUUGCUCGCCGGCAUGGACUCCACCUCAUCGGUACUGCCACUACUUGGUUCUUGUUAGACAUUGCCUACUACAGCUCAAAUCUAUUCCAAAAGGACAUCUUUAGCGCCAUUGGCUGGAUCCCCUCAGCUGAGACCAUGAGUGCAAUCCAGGAAGUUUAUCUUAUAGCCAGGGCACAAACUUUAAUUGCACUAUGUGGAACUGUUCCUGGGUAUUGGUUUACAGUGCUAUUUAUAGAUUGCUUGGGCAGAUUCACAAUUCAGCUAAUGGGUUUCUUCUUCAUGACAGUCUUCAUGUUUGCUCUUGCCAUUCCUUACCAUUACUGGACACAAAAGUCUCACAGAAUUGGGUUCUUGGUAAUGUACUCUUUGACAUUUUUCUUUGCAAAUUUUGGGCCAAAUGCCACUACAUUUGUUGUACCAGCUGAGAUUUUUCCGGCUAGGCUAAGGUCUACUUGCCAUGGUAUUUCUGCUGCUGCGGGGAAAGCAGGGGCUAUAGUUGGUGCAUUUGGGUUUUUGUACGCUGCCCAGAGCAAGGAUCCAGCAAAGACUGAUGCAGGGUACCCACCUGGUAUUGGAGUGAAAAAUUCACUCAUAGUGCUAGGUGUGAUCAACUUCUUUGGGAUACUAUUCACUUUGCUGGUACCUGAGUCCAAGGGGAAAUCGCUGGAGGAGCUAACGGGGGAAAAUGAUGAGGAAGGCGGUGAGGCUGAGCAGGCACCCGAAGCCAGUUAUAGUUAGACUGUUCCUAUAAUCCAAGUUUAGAAGGAAGUUCAGAUCAAGGGAGGGGGAUGGAAAUUGGGGGGGGACGAAGCAUUGUGAAGUCUAUUGAUUUUUAGUUCAUUAUAUAAAUUGUUGGAUUUUAU